UCUCGCAAUGCCAACUUCCCUCGCGUCCGCAAGUACACAGCCAUGGGCCGCGCGUCCGCCGACUUCUCCACCGCCGGCCGCGACGCGCCUGUCCGCCGCUGGCGACGCGGCGCCCGCCUCCGACUCCGCCGCCGCCGCUCACCAACCCCGACCUCCGUGGAUCCAACCUUCCAAGAGCCCACCCCUUCGUCCUCCGCCGCUUCAGUCUCCCAACAACUGCCGUACCUCCCCUACCCGGACAACGCCGUCGUCUCCUACGUCGCCGUCGCCCCUCUCCCGGUCUUCCGCGGCGACCCCGGCGAGUGCCCCGACGCGCACCUCGCUCGCUUCGACCGCGUCUGCCGCGCCAACGGCGCCGCGACAUCGGCAGCCGCCGCCCGCAUCUUCCCGGCGUCCCUCGACGCCGACGCCGCGCUGUGGUACGAGCUCACGUCUUCCAGCGCCGAGGUCUCAUCACCCCCGCUGUGGCACGCCGUCCGCGCAGCCUUCCUCGACUUCUUCCGCCCACCGGAUGCCGCUGACCGCGCGCGGGCCGAGCUCAUGACGCUGAGGCAGCGCCCCGGCGAGGCCGUCAACCGGUACCAUCUUCGCAUGCAGGGGAUCCUCCGGCGCUGCCCGGACGGCGGGGCCGAUGUCCCUGACGCGUUCUUGAAGGCCGCAUUCGUCGACGGUCUCCUCGCCGAGUUCCAGGACUGGGUGGUGCCGCAGCAGCCAGAGGCGCUGGACGAGGCGGUGGCACUGGCCUUGAGCUGGGAACGCGCCGAGAGCGUGCGUGCCGCGCGGCGCGCGGCCAAGUCGGCCUGCGUCGCCGGCGACAGGUGCGCGUUCUGCGGCGCGGAAGGACACGAGGAGCCGAGGUGCGAGGUGCGGAGGAGGAUGAGGGAGCUGUGGCGGAGGAGCAGCAGCAGCAGCGGGAGGGGAGGCGCCAUGGGGGUGACGAAGGAAGGGGAGGAGGCGGAGGAGGGAGGCGGGAGCAUGACGCUUACGCGGCUGGGGAGCGCGGUGAGCACGCGCUCGGCUCAGUGCCAGUGCCGGAAGCACCAGUGCUGGAAGAAGGCGGCGGCGGCGAGCGAGGUCGCUGGAGGAGGCGAAGGGAACGACGCGGGCGCGGACAAGUGACUGAAACAACACUUAACUGUCGUAAUCUGCUUGAUUGGCUGCCCUGAAAAAGAGAUAGUGGAUGCAUUGAACCAUGUGGCAAUGCUGGACACGGAACUGACAGUGGAGGAGAGGAACCUAGUGGGCUACAAGAAUGUGAUCAGUGCAAAGUGUGCAUGGCAACGUGUACACUCCAUUAAGUUGAAGGA